UACAGACGAGAGAUGCUUUAUCGACAUGCUUUACAGACGAGAGAUGCUUUAUCGACAUGCUCUCAAUGGGUCAAACGCGACAUGAUGUAUGUCUUCAUGCGGAAAGGAUGGAUCAAUUGCGUGAGGAUCGGCGCCUCAGAUCGUACAAGUUGGACAUUAUUGUGGGUCGCGCGGGAUUUACAGAUUGGGUUUGGACAUGUAGUGGUCGUAACGGCGGUCCCGGUGUUGUGUAUAUCGUAAAGAAGUGGUUGGAGGAAGUAUUUGCAGAAUCACAUCGCUUCGAGCUCUUGUACGAGGGCUUGCAUGUAAGCUUGCACUACCCUCUGUCGGUAUUCCGCCACUGGGAUUUCAAUCGCCAUGGCCAUGCUGUCCUGAUCGUCGGAGUCGCCGUAAUCAUCUCGAGUCGCAGUCCCGAUCCUUUCGAUAUUGUCGGCCCGUUCAAAUGGAUCGUUUCUUUCUACCAUAUGAUCUUUCAAGGUCCAACAUUCGUUUUUGCUUCGGGUACGCAUGGCAUACGUAUACUGGCUCGCUUCAUCUUUUGCAUUUGCAGAGCUCUGCUGCUGAAUGCUGGCGAUGCGAGGGAACCGAAUCCGAACGUCUGCGUGAUCGGCGAGUUUCAGAUGUAGAAGGGACAGGAAGUCUUGCCGAGUGUUUGGCUUGUUCCGGAGCGAUCGGACCGUCGGGGGACUUCCUGAGAUUAGCUCCUUGAGAUACCACGCGUUCACGUUGUGGAGUUCUCCGAGGUCCUCGAAGGACAUUCCCGCCUUGUACUGAUUGUAGAGAGUCGGCAGAUCCUCAAUGGGAGGCCUGGGGAGGAAGAGCUGAUCGAUAAUGUUAUGUUGGCUUUGGCCUGGCCAGACAACCGCGCUGCCAUGGCAAGCGAUGACAGACGUCUCGAGGGCUGAUAGAAUUGCCCACGGGGGGGAAUGGGUUGGGGGGAAGCUGAU